CUUCUUCCGGCACACGCACGCAUGAAAACAUGGUGCCCCCAGUCCCGCUGUUAGCAGUGCGCGGCUCACAUGGUACGUCUCUGCUCCAUGGGCCUCCACAGUGUGAGCAGCAUUCAGCCAUCUUCAGGGUCGGGGCCAGCAAGUGUGUGACCUUCAGUAGAGAUGGGACGCUGUUCUCUUGCUGUGACGGAAACAAAGUCUCCGUGGUAAAAUCCUCAGAUGGCUCCAUCGUCUCAUCCCUUGAACGCCCAAAGACGAUUCUGCUGGAAUUGUCUCCUAUGAACAAUGUCCUGGUCACCUGGCAACCAUACAGCAAGACCAAGGACAAUCCUCAAGGUGAAGCGAAUCUCCAGCUGUGGCAGAUACAGAGCGGUCAGCUGAUCAAAGCUUUGUAUCAAAAGAAGGUCGACUCCUGGUGUCCUUGUUGGUCUGAUGAUGAAACGCUCUGUGUGCGAAGUGUCAACAACGAGCUGCACUUCUACGAGAACAAUGACUUCAACACCAUCGCCAACAAGCUUCACAUGCAGAAAGUCUCAGACUUUGCCUUGUCACCUGGAGUUCAGCCCAGUAAGGUAGCAGUCUAUGUCCCGGGCAGUAAAGGAGCACCCUCAUUUGUCCGUCUGUACCAGUAUCCUGCACUCGGUGGACCAACUGCAGCACUUGCCAAUAAGAGCUUCUUCAAGGCUGACAGAGUGGUAAUGCAGUGGAACAAGAAAGCCACGGCAGUUCUGGUCACAGCGAGUACGGAGGUGGACAAGACCGGGGCUUCCUAUUAUGGUGAACAGACACUGCACUACCUCGGGGUGAAUGGAGAGACUGCUCUGGUCCAGCUGGCAAAGAACGGCCCCAUCUAUGAUGUGGUGUGGAGUCCAAACUCUGCCGAGUUCUGCGUGGUGUAUGGCUUCAUGCCGGCCAAAGCCACCGUCUUCAACCUAAAGUGUGACCCUGUUUUUGACUUUGGAACGGGACCAAGAAAUGCUGCCUACUACAGUCCUCAGGGUAAUAUUUUGGUCCUUGCUGGCUUUGGGAACCUGCGGGGUCAGAUGGAGGUCUGGGAUGUAAAGAAGUACAAACAGGUGUCCAAACCUCAGGCUCCAGACUCCACCCAUUUCUCUUGGUGUCCCGAUGGUGAGCAUGUCGUCACGGCAACCUGUUCUCCGCGGCUCCGUGUCAGUAAUGGUUAUAAGAUCUGGCACUACACGGGCUCUGUGCUACAGAAGUGGGAUGUGGAGGGAAGCUCAGAGUUGUGGGAGGUUCGGUGGCAGCCUUUUCCUGACGGGACCUUCCCAGAGCGGCCCAUCAAAUACCAAGCGGUACCCAGUGAGCUGGGCACCACGCAGCCCCCUCCCACACAGGCUUAUCGCCCACCUGCACUGAGACACCUGCCGGCCACGCCCAGCACCAAACUGCAUGAAGAGGAGCCUCCUCAGAACUUGCGUCCAGGUGUUUCAGGGGAGAAGAAUCUUUCUAAAUCAGCUCUUAAGAACCAGAAGAAACGAGAAGCCAAGAAAGCUGCAAAACAGGAAUCAAAGCCGGAGCCUCCGUCUGAACCCUCCCCUGUUAGUAGCAGCCAAUCAGAGCCGAGCAGUGGGGACCCGGAGAUGGACAAGAAGAUAAAGAAUUUAAAGAAGAAACUCAAAGCCAUCGAGGAGCUGAAGGAGCAGCAGGCAUCUGGAAAGGAGCUGCAGAAGAACCAGCUGGAGAAAAUCCAGAAAGAGGUUCAGCUGCUGAAGGAGCUGGAAGAGCUGCAGAUUGAACAUUAGGCGCUGCAGGAUCUACAGGCCUCUCCAAAUCCCACAACUCUAAGAAAAUUACAGGAAUGCUUCUUCUUCUUUUUAUAAUACAAAUGUUUAAGGUUUCAUUUACAUCUGACAACAGGUGAGCAGUGUGGGGCUAAUGAACAGACUAAUAAUGUUCAUGUCAUUGUUCAGCCUUUGAAAUCCUGGGUAAUGUAGGUGAAAUGAAGAAUGAAUAUCACAUAUUCUGUCAGUUUAGGUUUACACCACAUUAAAGUAAAUAAAAUCUUUAAAUGAG